UCGAAUAAGCAAUUUUUGUGUCGCAAUUCUGAAUUAUUCUGAUGCCAUUUAAAAUUUGUUUUCGCAAUUAAUGAAAUAUAACUUAAACUGCCUUUUUAUGGCAGAUAACUUUAACUGCUGUUUUAUAUCAAGUUUUUUGUAAAUCUAAAAAGUCAAGAAAAUAUUACCUAAAUUUCAUUAAUUAGAGACACUUAAAUGAAGUGUCAAGAACUUUUGAAAGCAAAAAUAUCUGUAGUAAAUCUGUAUCGAAGUUUGAAGCAAUUGGGGAAAAAAAAAAAAAAAAAAUGCCAGUACUUCUGUUUGAUCUAAUUACCUAAAUAACGAACAGUUUUAUUUAUGAGAUACUGUUGCAAUCUCUACACUUAAUUAUAUGCUUUCUGAAGUGCCUUUGACAUUUAAUCGCUUUUUAUUUUUGAUCUAGGUGGUGAAAUAGAAAGCACGAGUUUUAUUUAUUUAAUUUUUUGUAUGCAGGCCAAGAAGCGCAUGCAUGCAUCAUUUGAAAUCGCUCCGCCUCACUUUGCCCGAAAACAACUGGGAAAAACGAAUCAUUGCAUGUUCUAAAUAUUUAUGGAUUUUUUUUAUUUAAUAAGACUGGAGUAUAACUAUUUUACUACUUGUGCUGUGCACAUCAGAUCCUGCUAAACUGUGUGCGUAGUAUCUUAGGGUUCGGUGUAUUUAAUUUUUUGUUUCUGCGUUUGUAUCAAGAGGGAACAAUUUAUUUUACUAUGACGUCAUUUUAAAACCGAUGUAUUUUCAUUUUGGGAAGCAAGAAUUAGAUCGCAUGGAGCAAGGAGGGUUGUGCGCCGUAGAUGCGGCGUUUAUUUUAGGAUUUCGGGGCCUUCUACCCACUUCUAAUAUAACACUCAACACCUUGGCUAAGCUUGCUGAUGCCACCUACAAGGCAGCCUGCCAAACGCGGCAAAAAAUAUCUGCUGGGGGAAAGACUGAUAUUUGGUUGUGUUAGUAACUAACUGUCUGAAGUGCUCAAGAUCGUUUGGUUGGCUGCUGGAGUCUUAGUGCAAUUGAAUUUUGUCACUGUCGUAUUAAAUUUCGAUGUUUUUAAAUUUAUAAAAUUGAUGAGAAGUAAAAAAUGUUGUGUAAACAUCAAUGAAGGAUUAUUUAUAAUUUUUAAUGAUUUUUUCAAGUAAUUUCUUGGCUGUAAUUCGUUGAGUUUUAUAGGAUCCCGAGAUCAUCGUAUGCUUUAAAAUUUGUGCUUAACAAUUACAUGUGUAUGGUUAUAUUAAAUGUAAUUUUUUGGUAUAGUCAUUAAUAAAAUUUUCAUAUUCCCCCUAAUUGUACCAGUAUCUAUUAGCCUUUUCUUGGAAUAGAAAAGUUUUCUAUUAAAAUUUUUCAUUUACAAUGAAAGGAAAACGAGUUGGAAAUGGGAACAAAAAAGCCAUGCUUGUUAGGAACAUGGUCUAACAAAUGCAUAAUGCAAUCUUGUACAAGCUUCUUGCGUGGUUUUUCAUCACGUCUUAGAGUACAGGACAGUGAAUCCAGUUGUACGGAUUUGCACGGUGUUUCAUCAAGCCAGGCUGCAGAAGAGGACUGGUAUGACAUGCCAGCUCCGGAUAUGUCUUCCCCAGCACCAGUCGACGAAUCAUGCUCCCGUCAAGCAAGCGUGGAAGAUGAUGAGGAUGGACACCUUAUUUAUAGGACCGGGGACAUACUUCAGGAACGAUAUAAAAUUAUUGCUACUCUAGGAGAGGGCACAUUUGGAAAAGUUGUGAAAGUCGUUGAUUUAAAUAGUGAAUGUCCUGAUGCCAGAGCAGCUGUGAAGAUCAUAAAAAAUGUUGAAAAAUAUAGGGAGGCUGCUAAACUUGAGAUAAAUGUGUUGGAGAAACUUGCAGAAGUUGAUCCAGAGUGCAAACACUUGUGUGUGAAGAUGUUAGAUUGGUUCGAUUACCAUGGCCAUGUUUGCAUCGUGUUUGAGUUGCUGGGAAGAAGUGUCUUUGAUUUUUUGAAAAAUAAUUACUAUUUUCCCUAUCCUUUGGAUCAAGUCCGACACAUUGGCUAUCAGCUGUGUUAUUCAGUCAAAUUUUUACAUGACCAUCAGCUUACACACACAGACUUGAAACCUGAAAAUAUAUUAUUUGAGAAUUCUGAAUAUGAUAUUGUGUAUAAUCAGAAAAAGAAACGAGAUGUCCGUCAAGUGAAAAGCUCAAAUAUACGCUUGAUAGAUUUUGGGUCAGCAACUUUUGAUCAUGAGCAUCACAGCACCAUAGUUUCAACUAGGCAUUAUCGAGCACCUGAAGUUAUUUUAGAACUUGGCUGGUCACAACCUUGUGAUGUGUGGAGCAUUGGCUGCAUUCUGUUUGAAUUGUAUUUAGGAAUAACUCUUUUCCAGACACAUGAUAACAGAGAACAUCUUGCUAUGAUGGAAAGAAUUUUAGGACCUCUUCCAUACCGAAUGUGCCGUAAAACUAAGACAAAGUAUUUUUAUCAUGGAAGAUUAGACUGGGAUCAUAAGAGUUCGGCUGGCCGAUAUGUUAGAGAAAAUUGCAAGUCACUGAAGAGAUACAUACCUGCAGAUGAUGAAGACCAUAGGCAUCUGUAUGAACUUGUGUCCAGGAUGUUGGAAUAUGAACCAUCUCAGCGAAUAACAUUAAAAGAAGCUCUGGAUCAUCCAUUCUUUGCCAAACUCCCAUCAGAACUGAAAUUACAUGAACUAGAAAAAUCUGCAGAUCGGGAAAGAUCUCAUAGUCUAAGCAGAUGACUAACCGCCGAGUAAAUCGACUUUCUGACUCAUAUAAAUUCUUAUGAAUUUUAAGUAUUUUUUUAUCAUUGGCUAUAUGAAUUAGCUUAACAAGUUGCCAGUUUCCUUGAUGAUUAGUUGUCAAGAUAAUCAAAUUGUGAUGGCUGUCUGGCUAAUGUAAAACAUGAUGGCGAAUACCUGCUGAAUGCAGACCAGCUUUUUUUUUUUUCCCUUUAAAAAAGUUCUUCAGAACUGGUUUUAAAGAUGGGAUACCAUUUUGUAGUAUAUGUAAAUAUUUUGUUAAUACAUGUAUAGAAUUUGUAUAUAAGGUUAUCUUUAUAUAUUUAAUAUUGAAGAUUUUUCUUUCUCAUUUUGCAAUACUCAAUUCAUACUUGGCCAUAAUUCAUUUAAAUUGUUUUGAUGAAAAAAUUAUAAUUCCAUGUACACUUAUAAACUGGUACUCUACCUGAACAAAAAGUUUAGUUUGAGUAAGAAAUAAAGAAAUUCUGAAAAUGUG